GCAUCAAAGAAGCAGACAUCACAGAACUGUGCGCAGACUACGGACUAAUGUUCUCGGACUUGUGGAACGUGUGACGUUUUUUGCUAUUCCUAAACUACGAAAAGAAUGACAUCCCAUAAGUUAACAUUGUCUGAGCCGGUGAUCCGAGAUCGGCAGUUCAUCAAGCCGCUGAUGUGUGGUCCAGGUCCCUGCGAUGUUUGGCCAUCUGUCGCCGAAGCCCUGACCAGGCCUGUGAUAUCGCCGAUAUGCGAUGAAUACUUCAAUGUAAUGGAUGACAUUCGAGCGGGCAUUCAAUAUUUAUUCCAAACACGAAGCCCCCUGGUGCUCGCCAUCAGCGGUUCAGGCCACACGGGCAUGGAGACCAUCAUCAGCAACCUCCUCGCCCCUGGCGAGCUGCUGCUCGUCCCUAACAGGAGUAUAUGGGACGAACGGGCUACUAAAAUGGCCAGCAGAUAUGGUAUUAAAGUGGAGACAAUUUUUACUUCAGUACCGUUUACAACUUUUUCAUUGGAAGAAAUAGAGUCAGCGUUGAAGAAACAUCGUCCAGCUGGGAUGUUCAUCACACACGGGGACUCUUCGACGGGCACCAUCCAAAAUUUGGAGGGUCUUGGGAAGCUCUGCCAUAAAUAUGGAACUCUGCUGCUAGUCGACACCGUGGUGUCUCUUGGUGCAGUGCCAUUCUUCAUGGAUGAGUGGGGCGUCGACGGCGUGUACACUUCAGGCCAAAAAGCGUUAAGCGGGCCUGCUGGCAUAUCGCCUGUAGCUUUCAGCGCCCGAGCAGAAGCAAAGAUAAACAACAGGAAGCAUGAGCCACCGUUCUACUUCGACAUGAAGUUAUUGGCUCAGCAAUGGAACUGUUAUGACAAGAUCCGUGUCUACCAUCACACAUUGAGCCCACCACUUGUGUGGGCGCUCCGACGUUGUUUGGAAGAAGUCAUCAGUGAAACUCUUCCCAAAUCCUGGGCCCGCCAUGCAGCAGUCACCGCGCGCUUCUACAAACGUCUGCAGGAAUAUGGCUUCCAGUUCCUCAUCAAGACACCCGAAGAUCGACUCGUCACGGUCACCACGAUUGCAUUGCCGAGGGGGUACGAUUACAAGCAGUUCGUGGAUCACAUGAGAGCAAAGCACAAUAUCAUGAUAAUGGCAGGCCUGGGACCUACCGUCGGCAAAGCUUUGAGGAUCGGCAUCAUGGGAGUCAACUCCACUAUGGAAGUGGCGGACCGGGUCGCGGACGCGAUGGCAGAAACCAUGCGAGCUUUGACCAAAUCAUCACUUUGAGUUUACCACCAUUUGUUCUUUACAUUGACGCUCAUAGCGGGAUUAGAACCUGUGGCCUUCUGUCAUAUCGAGAUUAGUCGCUCUAUUAUCUAAGUUACUCUAUUAUUUUAUUAUUGUUUAAUAUCAUAUAAGGAGUUUCUCACCAACAUUUACCGCAAAACGGCUUAAACUGCUUAAAUGCCGUCCAUGUGUCGUUUCUUUCUCGCCAGUUCUUUAUUGACUAUGAAUUAUUAUAGAAUGAUCUCUAAAUAUUUAACUAUUCUCUCACAAUUUUAGUUUUAUUCAAAGCAUUAAAAUGGGAACAUAGGGGACAAAAAAUCGAAAGUGCUUACCUCAGUAACCUGAGAUUCGCUGACGACAUUGUCCUUUUCUCAAACAAUCCAAAUGAUCUACAAGACAUGAUAGGAGAACUCAACGAGGCAUCAUUACAGUGUGGAUUGGAAAUGAACUUGGAUAAAACAAAAGUCAUGACAAACGUCGCAGAAAAGGACAGCGUAAACACUGUAAUUACUGUAAGCCAAGUUGUAGUUGAAAGUGUCCGUAAGUAUAUAUAUCUGGGACAAGAGAUUGUCAUGGGUAAGGAAAACCAGGAAAAUGAGAUAGCGCGACGGCAAAGACUAGCAUGGGCAGCAUACUCCAACUUGAAAUUCGCUUUUGAAAUGAACCUCACAGCACUACAAAAGGCUCGCAUAUUUGACCAGUGUGUCCUACCAGUACUUACUUGCGGAGCGGAAACCUGGGUCUUUACAAAAGAAAUUUUGCACAGAUUACAAGUGACCCAAAGAGCGAUGGAAAGAAGAAUGGUAGGAAUCUUACUUAGGGACAGGAAAACAAACAAGUGGCUUCGAGAACACAGUAAAGUCACUGAUGUAACCAGGCGAAUGGCAAAACUGAAAUGGGAGUGGGCUGGGUAUGUGGCCCGAAAAGACGGCUCGUGAUGCAAGAGGCUGGUAGAUUGGAGACCUUGAGGAGAGUUGCGCCCAGCAGGGAAGCCAAAAAUGCGUUGGUAUGACGAUAUCAAGAGAACAGCUGGACCGAAAUGGGUACAUAGAGCGCAAAACAGACCAGAAUGGCAAAAAUUGAAGGAGGCCUACAUCUCAAAGAUUAAAAAAGGCUAAGAAGAAGAUCUCACAAUUUUCGUAUAAGUAGGUUUAUAUUACAUGUUUCAGCGAGUUACUAAAGUACUGGGUCUUUACGAGGUCUUAACGCAAAUUUUUAGACAUAUGUACCUGCUUUAUUAUUGAAUGGAAAUUAUCAAAGCACUUUGCAACUGUUUAUGCCGUAGUUUGAUAAGGUGUUAGUAGCGUAGAUCGUAAGGUUUUCGAAAAAAUAAUUGAAACUAAGUUGAUUGUAGUGUUCACAGAUAAUUUUAUUUCUUUAACCGUACUGUAUACAAACUAUUAAUCGAGUGUAAACAACUCACGAUAUGCAAAUUUAGGAAGACAAUAAAAUAAAACAUGUGAAGGUAUAACGAAAUGGUUGAUCAAAAUUUGGUUCAGUGUUUGAAGUCCUCUCCGUAUGGGCAAACUCGCCAUCAGAUAUUGGAGCGCGCCAAUGUUCACCAAUAAAUUAUUCUGAUAUAUUUUUGCAGCACCUUGGCCAUUCCAAUAUAUCUAAUGGCGACGGUACCUACAUAUUUAUAUGACAGAGAUACGAGUUUACGUCGUUCGCCAUCCAAUAGAUGACAUAGAUAAUUAUAAUAAUAGUUAAAUAAUAAAACAUUGCAGUACAAGCGAAUUCAUAGUAUCCUCUAUGGCCAUUAGUUUAUGUUAUUCGCAAGCCAUAGUGCUACUUUCCUAUUGUUAGAUUAAACAAAAAUUAAAUCAAGAGAACUC